UACAAAUUUUUAUUUUCCGUAUUUCAAUCUAUGUAGCCGCAUGUACCUUGCAUGACUUGCACUGUUGGAUAAAGCGAGAUCUAUAAAAUGAGCAGUCACUUUAAACGUUGUAAGAAAGAAGAUAUUGUAGCAAAGUAUGUAAACGCUAAACAAGAUCAAGAGGGGUUUUUAUUAGCAAAAAUUAAUGAUAAAAUAGGAUUUGGUGUAUUUGCUAAUUCAAAUUUUGAUAAAGGAUCUUUUUUGCUUGAGUACAGAGGUAGGAUUUUUAAAUAAUUAAAUUUCGUGCUGUCCGAUUUGUCUUGCGUGCACGAUUUAAAAUGGCAUGUGGGUGAGUGCAAAAGCGCUUGCCAAAUUAAAAAGGAAAAUAUGCAAUUUUUUUAAUAUGAUACGUUUUCUGAUUUAUGUUGAGUAAAAUAAAUUGUUAUUUUCUAAUCGAUUAAAACCAUAUUUAUAAGAAAUUUUUAUUUAAUUUGCCUUAUUUUGUGUUAUAUUAUUCAAAUAAAAAUUUAAAAGUUUAAUUUACUACGUGCUUGCCUUGUAAGCAAUAGAUUCUGAGUUUGACUACCACCACGUCCCACAGUGCUCAACAUAUUUUCUCUGCACAGCAGAUUAUUCAUCAAGUUUUUUUUCGUAGUAACAGUUAAGAGCAGUAAUAGGAAUCUUAUAAAAUAAGUAUUCUUUUUGACUGAAUUUUGGGAGCUAUAUUAUUAGAUCGAUGCUAUUGACCAGCUGUUAUUUUGAGCGCUCAAAUAGUGAUAUGGUUUUUUUAUUUACUUUUUUUUUUUCAAUAAUUUUGUCUUAUUUCUCAUGUCUGCACUAUGGAAAAUCUAAAUAAGAAAAGCAAGCUUUUAAUAAUUUUAUUUUUAUAAAUAUUUUAUAUUUAUUCUUAAUUAUAUUUAUCAAUUUAUAAGUUGAAAUAUUUUUAUCACUAAUAAUAUACUAGUAUUUUUUUAAUAUAUAAAAUUGUCCAUUAUCUAAUUUUUAAGGAGAGAUUAUUUCUGAAAGAGAAGCAGCCACCAGACUUAAAACUUAUGAAAAAAAUGAAAUUGGGUGUUUUAUAUGUCAUGGAAUUAAAGAUGUGUAUGGUAAAUCUGUAUGUAUCGAUGCUACUAACCAGGUGGACUCGCUUGGAAAAAUGGUGAAUGACUCACCAAUAAAUUUUGCUAACUCAAUAAUGAAGAGAAUUGUUAUUUCAAGUUGUGUCCAUCUCUGCCUGUUUGCUUUAAAGUCUAUUGAUAUAGGGACAGAAAUUAGGUAUGAUUAUGGUGAUCAUGAUGAAUUGAUGCAUUGGAGAAAGCAGAAAUCAUCGUGGCAUCCUUAUACUCUAGCUCAACUAACACCAGAAAAUAAUAAAAUUUUGGAAGUUUCUAAAUUUAAUGAAAGUUUACCCCAUUCAACUCCAAAGAAGUCAUCAUGUAAUCCUUAUACUCAACCAACAUCAGAAAAUGAGGAAAUGUUUAGAGUUUCUAAAUUUAAUAAAAGUUUAAACUCCUCAACGCCAAAGGUUGAUUUUGAAGUUUCAUCUUCUUCAAAAUGUUUAGCAGAUAUAGUAGAUUUGGAUUUUUAUGAUUCAGAUUCCAGUAUAGAAUAUCUACCGUCAUCACUCAAUAUUUUGCUAGCUAAUGCAACUCAAGUAAAAGAUAAUUUCAACCAUAAAAGUGAUUUAGAAACAGAACUUUUGCCGUCUGUGCUUAAUUGUAGUGGGUAUAAAACCCAUGCACCAAUUGAUAGUUUUGGUACAACAUUAGAUGACUCUUCGGUUGUUGCAACUUAUGGUGAUGAUUCCUCAGAAGAAUCAGUUGAAUUCAAUAAUAAUGAUUCUUUAACAGAAAGAGGUUUUUUAAAUAAAAAUAUAGAAACAAUUUGUUUUCAAAAGACUUUUAAAAAUAAGAAAGAUUCUUUAAUAGAAAUGAAAUCUAAAAAUGAAUUCUUAGAGAAAAAGUAAAAA